AGUAAUAAAAUAGGGUAUUUAUGGUUUAUAAAAUUAAAAAAAAACUGCAAUUACCAAUUUUUUAGUAGGUCAUAUAUAUGUCCUUUGUCAUUUAUGGUAAUAAACAAUCCUCUGGGGCGGCGGAAAAUCAAUCCAAAUUUUUGGCAUGCCAAUCCAACAGUUGGUGUAUAAACAAUUGGUAAUAACAUAUGAAUAUUUUCAGAUAAAAGUCUAAAAUAUAGUCUUUCAUUUCGAUCCUGUAAUUUAUGUUUGCAUAAAAAUAACAUGUUGUCAAUUCAAUGGUUUGUGCUUACUUGUAAUUCAGUCAAGUAUAAAAACUUAUUUAAAUCUUCUUGAUAUUUCAUGACACUGAAUCGACAAACUUCAAUUUGUUCUUCUUGAGUUUUAAAUUUGGGUGGCAUCAAGCCAUGAAUACCUAGUGCUUGUCGUUCUUCCAGGGUGAAAGCAAGACCUUUGUUUAAUCGAGGAUCACGUAUAUAAUCAAUUCCUUGAACCAAUGAAGGGCAUAUUAUAUCUCCAGGUGUACGAGAAGGUGAUGAAAAAUGGAAUUUGCGGCAUUUAGUUCGAUCAAUACAAGAUGAACUGGCACAAUACAAUGCUAAAUUCCUUGAAGCCAAUGUUGUACUACAGCUAAAAUUAGUAUUGAAAUAUGACUUAAAUGAAUUUAAGAUGAAAAAAGUUACCUUACCUAAUUGUUUUUGGUAGAAAGUUCAUUUUAAUUUGUUUUACGUUUUACUUUCAAAAUGUUUUCAUUGGAAAAAAACACAACACAAGUAGACUAAACAAUUGUCUACGAAAUAGCAAUAAUAGUACUAAUUAUUAAAUGGUUAAUCAAUUUAAAUUAUAAUAUAGAAGAAUACUGAUCAGAAAUUACUAAAAGAAUUAACAGCUAAACAGUACAGUUAACUUAACACCUUGGGUCGUUGGGCGUCGAACGAUAUCGAAAAAAAAAAAUUAAAAUCGAUAUCUUAUCAAAGUCUUAUCAAAAUCACCGGCAGCUGCUGCCGAAUAUAAAUUGCUUUGACCGUGGUCUAAUAUGGUUUAACCUACAUUUAUCAUGUUUAAACAUAAAUUUGGUUUUGUAGUUUGAUACACUUCAAAAUUCAAAAUUGUAUACUUUUUGAUCCCGAUUAUUGUUAUUAAUGUUAUUUUAAAUUCGUUCUUAUUUUACCAAUUUAGUUAGUUCGGUGUGACAAAUGAUCAAAGUUCUUAAAUAUUUAAAAACAGAUUUAAAGUAUUUAAUAUAAUUAAUAUUUUUAUUCAAUUUUUGUUUAAUAUUUCACACAAUAAAAAAAAAAUUUUUUUUUUAAAUCUGAUUAUAAGGUAUGUCAAAAUUUUAUUUUAAUUACACUAUUAUUACUAUUACAUUUCUUUUACUAAUGUUACAAAUGUAAUAUAAUUGAGAAAUUAUUUUAUUUUUGUUUUAAACUAGCCGUACCAUACGGCUUUGCCUGUGUACAUUAUGUAUUACUAGUAUAUCUAAUAAAUCUUUUGUUAUACAAUUAAUUCUAUUACAUGUACUGAAGUUACAAACUAACAAUUAAAAUAAAAAACCGCAAUUCUAUCGUAAAUAAAUGUAUUAUUACAGAUGGGUAUAUAAUAAAAUAUUUAUCAUUAAAACCUAAAUAAUGGCUUAAUAAUAAUUAUUUAAAAUAAGUUUAGGAAAAAAAAAACACAGAAAAUGACCAAAGAAAAAAAACAUUUUAUUUUCAACCCAAAAAAUUGUAUUUCUGUACAUAGUUUAAUUUUUUUCUGCCUGGGAAAUAUGAAUCAAACUGUUUUUAUUAUUUUGUAUGGCUUAAAUAAAUACUAUUGAACCACUAUGAGCUUGUACAAACUAAUUUUACUAAUCCGCAUUUGUAGGUAGGUACUAAAUUAUUGACUAAAUUGCAUUUAUAGACACAUUAUUAAGUUACAUAUAUAUAUUUAUAUUAUAAUAUAUAGGUAUAGUAAGAAAUAUUUUAUUAUAAUAAAAUUAAUGAUUGUACAAUAAUGUAUAUCAGUUCAGUUUUAAAAAUAUAUCUGGUAGAGUUCUAGGGUGCCCUGUUAAGAUUUACCCAUAGUAAUGAAAUAAUAAAUAUAGUCAAAUUUUGUUUUUUUUUUUUUUAUUACUCACAGGGAUAAGAUCGACAAAUGUUUAUAUUUGAAUUCAUUUUUAUGUUUUAAUAAAAAUUAAAUAAAAAAAAUAACUAUAACCAAAUAUAUUUAGAGGAAAUUUAUUAACCUGUAGUAAGACAUUAUAGCCUACAUGAAAAGAGUAACAAUAAUAGAAAAAAACUAAUACAUUUUUCCAUAAGCAGAGGAAUGAAGCACGCGGCUUCUUAGGUAGAAUAUGUAAAACAUACAUGGAUAUCACAUGAAAGUUAAUACAACGGUAAAAUAAACCAUCUAUUAAUAAAAUAAUACACAAACCAUCAAGAAUGUUAAAAGUUAUAGAGGAGCAGAAGUAGAUUUUGAUCAUUAUCUAGUGCUUGACGCUUGUUAACUUCAAAAGUAAAAUGUAAACAAAGUGGAAGUUGGUAGGCGAAGUUAUGGGAAGGCAGCUGUAUUCAUUGAUUCUAUAAUUAUGGGAAGAAUAACAGCUCCCAGGAAGUAAAAACACUUAUACGCCUAAUAUUCAAAAAAGGGUGCCCGAAAAAGUAAAAAAACUAUAAAGGGAUAACACUAUUGAAUACAGGAUACAAGGUUUUAUCAUUAACAAGGUAUUUUAAUUGAGGUAUUUUAUUGGUUAUAAAAAAGCGUGCGAUAGUGUGAACACAGAGAUGAUCAGAACAUUUGGUGUCCUAAUGAAAAUUAUCAAAAUGAUAUAGCUAUACAACAGCAAAUCAUAUAAUAGAGUGAAACUCGAAAAUGAAAUAUCUAUGACUUUUAAAAACAAAAUUGGACUAUGACAGGGUGAUGCCAUAUCACUCAUAUUAUUUAACGUUAUAAGAUGUGAUUCAAAAAAUAUCAAACGAGUAAACAUGGGAACUGGAAAAAGGAGAACUGCUGAUAUACACCGAUUACAUCAUAAUCAAUGGAUAUACCAAUCAGAAGUUCAAGAGAAUAUGUAGAAAUGAGUAGGUGUUGGAAAGAAUAUGGGUCUAAUUGUAAAUAUAGAGAAAACAAAAUACACGGUAGUAACAAGAAAAUCUGAGAAUAGGUCCAGCCUUAAAUUAAAAAAUAAUUAAUUUAAGUAUCUUGAAAUUAAAUAGGUAACAAAAAUUAUAAGUAUAACAAAAUAAAAGUGAGGCUAUCGAUGCUAUGUUGCAAUAGAAAACCUCUUUAAAUCAAAAAAAUAUCAAAACACAUCAAAGAAAAAUUGUAUGUAAGCUAUAUUAGACCAGUACUAACUUAUGCAUGUAUCAUAUGCAGAACUAAAGGUCAUAAAGAAAACCUGCAAAAAUUUGAAAAAAAAAUAUACUGUCUAGUGUUUAGUACCAAAACAUAAUAAUGUGAACUAAGAACGAAUGCGUAGUUGUCUAACCUAUACAAAAAAGAAAAUAUUGUAAAAUAAAUUAAGAAUACAAUGGUGAUUGGUUAGGUAUGUUUGGCAAGUAGAUGGUUGUCUAUAAAAGAAAUAAUAACUUGGACUUCGGAGGGAAAGAGUCUGGAGACUGUUUAGAAUGAAGACCACGAAGCAAAUAGAUACAGUGUUAAUGAAAUAUAGAAUUAGAAUAUAUUGUCCCGAAAAUAUAGGAUAGAUUAGUGAAUAGCAUAUGACAGAGUGAAAUGAGAGUUGAUAGUUUUGGCGGUAUAGAACAUCAAUGGUUUGUGAGGCCGAAAAAAAAUUUGAAGAUGACUAUUUUAUAGAAAUCUGAAAACCCCACAGGCUUUGUUUAUGAACCUAUAAAAUUCUUACAAAUUUGGUUGAAAAUAAAAUUAAUUUUUCUGUAUUAAAUAUAUAGCCAUACAAAAAAGUACACAAUUCAAAUAUGUCAUAAAUAAUGUAAAGAUUUUAACAAAUUAAAGAAAACUUAUUUUUAAAAAUAUUGUCCCACUGUGUUCAACACAUUUUUUUAACAUUGAAUUUUUCCAAUCAAAUUUUGUAUCAGGGGGACAUACAUAUUAACAUUAUUAAUUAAAACAAUCAAAAGCAUUAAAAAUCAAUAAAAUGUUAUGUACUAAUUACACACUAUUCAUACAUAGUAUGAAACAAAUAGCUAAUGUAACUUAAUAUUGAACCAAUAGACUCAUUGUGAAGAAAGCUCAAUAUUAUAAUAGAUUAUUAUAGAUACCUUUUUCUUUUUACUUGGUAAAGAUAAAAUCAACCAAUUUUUGUGUGCAUUUAUUUUAGUUCUAAUAAAUUUUAAAUUUACACCAAGUAAAUAUUAUUAAACUAAUUAACAUUGUUAACAUGAAUAAUGUUUUAUUUUAUUUUAUUUUAUUUGCUUGUUUAUAGAUUGUAUAUUGUUACCAUGAAUGAAUAUUAUGUGAAAUUGAACAAAUUAAUUACAGAAAAAAAGUUUAUGGAUAGUCAAACAUUUGAAGAGUUGGUUGAGUAUAUUUGUGAAAAUAUUAUCUCCACUAAGCUAUUGGAUCUUGUUUUAAAAUAUUUUGAGAUCUACCCUCAGCAAAUAUCAUGUAUUCCAGAAAGUAAUUUACAAUAUUAGUAUUUAUCAUCUUCCUACAUUAUUACAAUUUUGAUCUAUUUGUGUAUACAUUGUUUAAAGGAUUGUUUAUUCAUCUUGUCUCAAACACAGAAGAAAAAUUACAUCCUUUGAUUUUGUUUUUGGUAUCACGGCAUCAUGAUAUUGGUUACAAUUUAAAUUUAGGCCAUUUACCUAUAGAAAAAUUUGCAUACCUUAUGUCAGCUUUUUAUCAAAGAAUUCCACUAAUGAUAUGUGAUCCUACAUUAGUUAUAAUUAUAAAGAAUAAAAUAGAUGCAUAUAAAAUGUUGGUGGACAGCCCACAAUGGUUUAAUGAAAAUGAAGAUUUAUUUUUGGGUCUGCAUGCUAUUGAGUUUGGUAAGUUUAAAUAGGUAUUAAAUAGUUAGUAAUAUAAAUAUUUAAAGUUAUAUUAUGUUUUAUUUACAUAUAAUAAAAUUUAAAACAUUAAAAAGUAUUUAAACAUAAUUUCACCAUCUAACUGCUUUAUACUUCACUAUAUACAAAUGUCCAUUAACGUCGGUUAUGUAAAUAUGAUUUGGAUUAGCCUUCACAUAUGUUGCAUCAACUGGAAAAUAACUUUGUUUGACAUAUACUCUCCUCCUAGGUACCUUAACACAAUCACUGAAAGAUGACGAGUUUUGUCUUUUAUGUUGUUCUUCCUUAUCAUAUUGUUCAAAACUGUGUAAAAAUUCCUCAAAUAUUUUUGAGGUUCGAUUGAAUGUCUGGGCGUUGUCUAGAUUUUCAUCCUUAAAAAGUAUUUAAAUUUGAUUUUUUUUUUUAACAAAUAAAAAUAAAUAAAUAACAUACUUUAUUUGGAAUAACACUUGACCUUCGAAAAGGGUCCAUUUUCUAUCAAAAAUAGUAAUAGUAAUAAAUUUUAAAUAAUAUAAAACUAAGUAAUAACAGCAAAUAGUAUAUUAGAACAAGCUAAAAACUCACACCAUCAACAAUAGACUAGUAUGAUGAAUUCUAUUUAAGCCUUUUGUGUUUUCAUUGAAACCAAUUUAGAGUCGGUCAAAGUAUCUCGAAUAUAAAUUAUUAUGCUCAGCUUAUCUAGAAAUUAUUAUUAUUAUUUAAACAAGUUUUAAUAAAUAAAUAAAAACAUUAUAUUUUGACCAUGAUAAAUUUGUUGCUUGAUUUGUAUCUAUAAAACUAAUUUGUAUUCUAUAUUUUUAUUGUAAUUAAUAUUAUUAUCUCUUAUACUUUGAUCUUCAAUUAGAAUAUAAAAUAAUAAUAUAUUGUUAACUGCUUGUUAAUUUAAAACUAAGAAGUUUAAUAACAAUUUACCUUUUAUUAUUACUUCCUUAUUAAAGAUUAAAUAUUUAUUUUCUUAAAAUUUUCCCUUUCUAUUGUUUAAAUGUUGUCUAUGACCUGGUGAUUAAUCAAGACAAUGAUUACAUAAACUAGAAUAUUCAUCAUUCAAUUUCGAUUAAUUUAUUAUUUAUUUAUUUUUAGACCUGAAAAGUAGAAAAAAUGUUGUCAUCCAAAAGAAGGAUAUGGAAUUUAUUACCCUUCCAAUCAUAUCUUAUAUUAAUAGAAGAAUAACAAUUAUUUAAUCAUUAUCACUGAAAAUCCUUACAAAUUAAGGCCUAUUUAUGUUAAUUUAAUUCUAAUUUUGUUGAAGAUUUGAGCUGAUUUGCCUUUUUCCUUGAUUAUUAGGAAAGGUUGAUUUUGAUAUUUCUGUUUUAAUUAUAUUUAAAUUAUUUGAAAACAAAAAAUAAAUUUCCACUACAAUCUAUCAAAUAUUCGUUCAGAAUUCAAAUUACAAAAUAAAAUUGUUUUGAAUAGGUAACCAUUUUUGUGAGACUAGUAUUUCAACAGUUUUUUUUUUCUGUCAUUUAUAUUAUACCCUAACUUACUUAAAAGUAAGUUUAGUGCACAAAACCGUCAGUCUAAAUAUUUCCUAACAAUCUACUUUGUGGAAAUUACUGGCUAUGCUUUUUUAAUUCAGUUAAUAAUAUACUAGAUACAUAAAUUAUAUUUAAAUAAUAUUGAAAAUGCAUAGUUAACUUAAUGAACACUUAGUAUUUUAAUGUUUGCAUAUUUGAAUUAUUAUUAUAUGUUGUUUUUUUUUUAGAUGAGAAUGAAUGCAAUGAAUUGUUUACAAAACUAAAAACCAAUUGGUCAAUAUUAAAAAUUACUAAGGCGGCUGUAUCUUUUGUGGAUUUAGUAGCUUCAAAGUGUAAUAAAGAACUAGAAUUUGUUCAAUUUUUAGUUGAAGUUCUUUUUUCUUUAGUUCCUGAAAAGUAAAAAUUAUAUUUUAUUGAAACUAUUUCAUAAGUAUUAUUUUUAAGAUUAAAAAUAUGUUUAGUAUAUAUGUGUGUAAUCUUAUUAAGUAGGAAUAGGUUGAUACCACUUCUUACCGUUAAUUUUACUUAUUGUGUGGUCUUUAAUUUAAUCAUAAUCAUUUUGCUAGUAUUAGAGCUUCAUAUACCAUUUGUUUCAGCAUAGAAUAUUUUUAAGUGUUUUAAAAAUAUAAAAGACCUUUUUUUUAACUUAGCUAUUAAUUUAUCAAUAUGAAUGGUCUACUUUAAUAAUUGAGCAAUUCUUUUAUUUUAAAUUUUGUUUUUUCUAAUGUAUUUCAGUUAAAAAUAUUCGUGGAAAUAACAUUUUGAUAUAUUUGCUUUUUCUAGACAAAGUAAAAUAUUCAAAACUUUUGAGUUAAUUAUAGAUAUUUUAAUAUUGCUAGUUUUUUACACAGUUUUUAUUUGGUAGUUUCUCUGUGUAUAAAAUUAUUAGAUUAAAGAGACAUACUUGAAAAUUUGACAAGAAGUACAUUAUUAGUUGUAUUUAGUAGUCAAAAUAUAUAUUUAGGUGUUAUGUAGUAUACAUUUUUUUUAAAAGAGUUAUAAUCAAAUUAUGAAGAAAAUCGUAAAUUAUUACAGCCUAUCGAAACAUGUAUAACUAAACUUCAUUCCAAAUUCUUUUUUUUUUAGCAAUGGUUUAUCGUUGGUUACAAGUAUAAGUUAAAUAACUUAAUGUAUAUCAAUUUCCUAACUAUUUUUGUAGAUUAAUACAUUAUUCCUAAACUCAAAUUGAUUUUCAUCAAAAAAUAUAUUUUCAGUUAAAAACUUUGUUGAUUGUAAUUUGACAUAUUUUUAAACAAUUUUAGAUAAUGUUAACAUUAAAGUUAUUGAUCUAUAGUUAAACAAUUUUUAUUAUUAAAAUUUUUUUGGAAGAGUUAAAACUCAAUUGAAAUCCCCCUACUGUCAAACAUUUGUUAUUUAUAAUUAAUAGCAGUAGUGAUAUAUGUUGGAUACAAAUCUUUCAAAGAACAAUGAAUGUUCUAUAUACCUAUUAAUAAAAUUAAUUAUUUCACUUGGCUCAAUUGGCUUUAAAAAAAACCUAAUCAUACGAUUUUUUAAGACUUAUAUUAAUUAUGGUGUACUGUAUUAACUGUCAAUACAUACCAAUGAAGAGGUUCUCAUCAAAUCAACACACAAUUGUAUUGUAAUUGUUCUCACUAGCUAAAAAGUAAUAAAACUACAUGAAACUUAAUUGUGAUCAGUUAUACUUUAAUAUUAUUAUUAUUGGAUGUUUGACUUGAAUAGAUAAGAGUGGAAAUUUUGUCAGAAUAUAAAUAAAAUUAUUUUUAAGUGUUGAUUAAAUAACUAAAAUGAAGCCCAACUAAUAUAUUGUAGUUUAGUUGUUUAUAAAUAUCAGUUAUUUUUAUGAAAAUCCUACCUUAAUUAUUAUUAAAAUAAUAAAGUAAAAACAUAAUUAUUACAAUAGUUAAUACUCGUAAAUAAAUAUAUAAAUACAAAUAAUGAACUAAUGAAUGUGUCACCUGGAGUAUUAUAAGUAUAUUAUAUGACCGGUUUUGAAUUAAAAAUUCAUUAUUAGGUAUAUCAUAGUCAAAAUGUAAAACGUGAGAGUUUUUUAUUUAUAAAUUUAAUUAUUAUCUGUUUAAUAUUUUAAUAAAAUUAUUUUUUAUUUUAGUGACAAUAUUACUUGGUUGUCUAAUCAAAUUAUCAGUAAUUUGAAAUUGUUAGAAGGCACUAACUGUCCAAUACAAAUAAGUGAUUGGGAUACUUUGGCUAUGAAAGCUGUCAAGUACGGUUUGAAAGAAGAAAAUCCUGAUUAUAGUUUUAUUAGAGUUUUUAAAUCAUUGAUUAAAAAAGCUAAUGUGGAUGUAUGUAUUGUAAAAAAAUCAUUUGAACUACUUGCUGGUUAUUCACAGUUCAGUAAUAUAAUGUUAAAUCGUGACUCUAAUCAAGUUCAAAAAGGUAAUUAAGUUUUAUUAUGUAUUAAUCAUAUACGUUUUUAGUUUUAAAUAUUCAAAUUUUAUAAUAUAUAGAAGAAGUAUUAAAACUAAUUGAAACAUUAGUUAAGAAAGAACCAUCUGUGAUGGUUUUGAGUCAUGUUCCACUCUACUUAUGUUCAUACAAUGCAUCAUUAUCAACUACUGAUCAAAUAUUAUUAAGGGUAUGUUUUUAUUUUAUAAUUCAAGAUUACCAAUGAUAAUGGUUUUAAUAUUUUUAUUUUAGAUUCUGUUUCAUUAUGAAGAAAGUUCAGUACCUGUGUCUAAUUAUAGACCUUAUUUAUGGGGAUCAUUUGCUAUUUCACACUAUCAAGUAAAAAAUCACUUAAUAUCAAAAACAUUAAAUAGUUUUCCUUCUACAACUGAAGUGCUUUCUUAUGUACCAUUAAAAAGAAUAAAAGCUACUAUAUCAAAGUUUCCUGUUGAUAGAAUUUUACAUAUACAAGUAAGCAUUCAAUUUCUCAACACAACAAAAUAUUAUGUAACUUUAUUUUUAGAAACAAAAAAUUAUCAUACCUAGCAAGACAAAAAACUCAUUCAAUCCUAGUAAAAUGUUUGAUCCUGCAUUUUUUUUGCCAAUGAUAAGCAGUUUAUUGGCCACAGAAGCACCAUUGAGUAUAGAAAAAUUUAAUAGAAGCGGAUGUUUAUCAAUGGUAUUUGCUUGUUUAGGCAGUAAUGAUGUAUCUAUGCGAUUAGCUGCAUAUCAUAUUUUAAUAUUAUUACGAUCUCAUUUAUUUUGGUAAAUAAUAAAUAAAUACUAUUUUGUUUUAAUUUUAUUUCUAUGAUUUAACAUUUAUUUGCAGUAGAAGAGCUGAAAACUUGUUUUGGGAUCAUGUUCUUAACUGGGUUUCGGGUGGUAUACAACAUUUGAAUACUAAAUCAGAACCGCCUCAGUUACCUAUGAUUCAAGCAUUGUUUUUAAGUAGAGUUGUAUUAGCUAUAGCUAAUCAUGAAAAACCCAUUGAUACAACUUGUUGUAAACUACUUUUGGCUCGUCCAGUAGCUCAACUCCAGCAUAUUCCAGAAUUAAAAUCAUUUUUAUCAUUAAUGUUAGUUUUUUAUAUUGUAAUAUUAUAUACUAAUUUUUUUAAUUAUUUGGAGCUAGCCAUAAAAUAAACAAUAAAAAAAAAUUUGUGUUCCAUAGUACAUGUCCUAAAGAAAAACAACUUCAAAUGCACUGGUUUUUCGAAAUAAUUCGAGAUGGUUUACAUUCUAGAAGUGAUUGGCUAAUUCUAAAGGAAAUGGAUUUAUUAAAUUUAUUCAUGAUAGUUUACAGAUGCGGCGUUUUAAAGGAUCGGGUAAUUUUUAAAAUAUAUAUAUAUAUAUAUAUUCAAAUUAUUUUUAUCUAUCAGUAUCAGCUAUAAUAAUAUAUUAUAUUAUUUUUAUAAUAGAUAAUAAUAUUAGAAAUUAUGAAAUCAGUAUUUUCAAUUGAACCUGCAACUAAUGGAGGUACUGGCCAAUGGGCUACAAGUUUAAUGGUGACAUUAAGUAUUUGCAUUAAAACAUUAUCUAAUGAAGAAAUAAUUCUAAUUUUUGAAUGUUUACAAGUGCUAAGUAAUAGUUCAUUUAUAAGUAAUUUUGCUAUUGACUUUUGGUUAUUAAUAUUUUUAGAACUUGGAAAUAAUACUCCUGUUAUAUGUUUAAAAGGUUUUGUUACUUUAAAUAAUUUAAUUUCGAAAUAUAAAAAUGUAGGUGAAUUUUUUAGUAAAGACAAUAUAAAAAUAAUAUUAAAUCAUGGAGAAACUACAAAAGUUUUAACUGAUGACGAAGUAUUUGAAUGCCAAUCCAUUUUAAAACAUGGGUUUAAUAAUAUUAAAAUUGAAGAAACAAAUUCAUAUAUUUUCUUACCCACUAUGAUACAAAUAUUAAACAACUAAUUUAUAAAUAUAUGUUAAUAUUUUUUUGUUCUUAUGCCAUUUGUUAAGAUCUUGUACUAUAUUAUAGAAAAACAGUUCAGAAUGUUAAAAAUUAUUAAUAUUUAAAUUUAAAUAAGUAUAACUAUUUACCUUCCAUAUUUUAUUAUUUUGUAAAGUUUGAAUAUUUAUGUUUAAUGAUGCAAAUUUGUAAUUUUAUGUGAAAACUGAAAAUUCAUUAAAUUGUUUAUAAUUUAAGUGUUUAAUGUUUUUACUUGAGAUAAAAACAAAUAUUAGUAAAAACUGAUAGGUACAUACAAAACAUUAUUAUUAACUGUUGUGUUUAUGAAAUUUAAUUUAUUAUGCUAUAACAAUAGUAUCAGUUCCAGUCCAAAAUAAUUUAGGAGACAAUUUAUUCAAAUUAAGUGCCUUCAUACUUAUAUUGUAUAUUAUCAUAAUUAUUUUAAUACAACUGUAAGACAAAUUUAAAUGUGAAAUGUUAAUUAUUUAUGCAAUACUAGUAGUUAUUUAUUUAUUUAUUUAUUUAUUAGGGCUCGAAACUUAUUGCACUUAAAAUCUAAAAAAAAAUUCCUUAAAAAUGUCUAAAGAAUGCAACAAUGGUAGAAGGGUUUAAAUGUUCUCCCUCUAAUGGCUUUAAUUAAUCAAAUACAAUUUUUUAACGUUAUACAAAUUAUUAACCCAAAGUUAUAUUUCUCAUAAUACGUUAAACAAAAUAAUUUUUUGUUAAUCAUUUGUGUUGUGUUAAAAAAAAAUAUUUAGUAAUUUAGUUUUGUUAAACGGGGGACUUUUAAACCCCAUUUCUACCAUUUGUUUUAAUAAUAUUUACUUGAAGUGUUUUUUUCAAGGCUUUUUGACGUUUUUAAGCACUUUUAAAUGCAAGCUCUACUAAUUAUAUAACCAUACUUACAUUAUCUUCAAGUUAAGAUGUUAACUAUUAUAUUUUAGUGUUUUCUAUUAUCAAAAAUUAAAUUCCUUUGGAACUACAUAGUUGUUAUAUGUAGAAAUAUUGGUAUAAAUCUAAUUUACAACCAAAGCUCAUUUUUCAAAAUGUGUGUUUUUACUUGUAUAUUAAGAAUCUAAAAAAAAAGUUUGAUGAACUUCGUUUGAAAAUUAUGAGGGAAAACUUCAUGAAGUUUGAAUUUUCCAUUUCGUUUAUUUCUUAGUGAGAAUUAAACAUUUUCAAUUUUUUUUUCAUUAAAAUUGUGUGAUUUUUAAUUCAUUAGUGUAAUCACAACUUACUUAUUGCACCUAGCCUUCCCAUAUUUCAUUGUGUUUUCACAUUUUUCAACAAUUUUCGCAGCCCACUUAAAAUUAACUAGAAACUCAUCAGUGAGUCGCAACCUAUAGUUUGAGAACCUAUAGUCUGAUAUGGUUUAUUAUAUAUUAUACAAGUGUAAUAUAUAAAUAUAUGCAUUAUAUGGUAAUUAUUUAAUGUGAUCAAUGUUACCUUAUAAUGUUGUUUUGUGUUUUGCUACUAAACUGGUGUGUUUAUCUGUAGAAUGUGUAUUUUUUUUUAAAUUUUAAUAUUAGUUUUUUUUAUUAAAUUUAUUUUAAAUAUAAAUUUAUAUUUUUAAAUAGUUGAUUAUUGAUCUGUACUAAGACAAUAUAAGAUACCAUUAUAAUAUUAUUAUAAAAUAAUUAAUACAUUAUAAAUAAUUUUUUUUUUUCUCUAAUAAAGGUACGAGUUAUUAAAAAA